AUGCGUGUAGCCUGUGCUAGGCAGCCACUGUGUCCAGAGGCCCAGCAUCUGUCUCCAGCUGGGGCAGAACUGGGCCUGGUUCUUCCUUAGGCCCAGAGAGGAGCUGAGGCAGUGAGAUGGCUGACUGCUACACAGAGCUGGAGAAGGCAGUUGUUNUCCUGGUGGAAAACUUUUAUAAAUAUGUAUCCAAGCACAGCCUGGUCAAAAACAAGAUCAGCAAGUCCAGCUUCCGAAAGAUGCUCCAGAGAGAGCUGAACCACAUGCUGACGGACACAGGGAACCGAAAGGCAGCUGACAAGCUAAUCCAGAACUUGGAUGCCAACCAUGACGGGCGCAUCUGCUUUGACGAAUACUGGACCAUGAUUGGUGGCAUCACCAGCCCCAUGGCCAACCUCAUCCGCCAGCAGGAGUGCCAGCAGGAGAGCCAGCAGGAGAGCCAGCAGGGCAGCAGCUAGAGGCCCUUUGGGAAACCCUUUUCAUGUCCUGACCCAUGUCCUGCCAGUGUUCUUUCCAUGCUUUAAAUUGACUCUUUCUUUCUCCCUUCUCCCUCCAGACCUGUUCCUACCCUUGCAGAACAGCACAAGGUGGAUGGGUGGGGGGCUAUCAAGGCCACUGUGGUAGUGCUUCCCUGAGCAUUCAGUCCCUGGAGCCUGUAGGCCCUGGGGAGGGGGGUCCCCUUUGUGAAAUAUCAAUGCUGUUUGAGGCCCUCCCUCCAAGACUUUCCUCACUUGUUGAUCUGUGUACUCUCACAAUGGCUGAUGUUCCUAUUUGAUUCUUGACUGAUUUUGUGUCUGUCCUGACCUCUAGAGGUCAGCUUGCUGCUUGAGGUCUCCCAGCUCCUGGCCUUGGCAGCUGUGCUAGUGGCAGUACCAGAAUUAGCUGCUUCUUUUCCUCCCAACCUCUUAGCUGGGUGGAGAGGCAUUCCCGGGGGCUCCUGUCCAGCCAUCUCUGUCUGGGAAUGAUCUAACCUGGGUUGAGCCCCCUCUCUGCUCUGCCACUGAAAUAAACGCUGGAUUUGGA